AUGAGUCGUAAGAUGUUUUUCGGUACAAAUGGCUUUAUAGGACAUGAGGAAGCAUUUGCAGCAAUCACAGCAGAUAGUGAUGAUGACCGUGAAUAUGAUUUGUCGAUAAUACCACCUGAUUCCAGUUUCUUGACUGACGAAGAGGAAGGGUCUGAUGAAGGUAUGGUGACGUAUACGUUGCCACGAGAUGUGCCCGGAAAUAUUGAGGUUAUGGUACGCGAUGAAGGUACUUUUUCAACCGAAUAUGAUUUCAGUAACGAAGAACCAUUGACCGUAAAACGAGUUCGCCGGAAGCAUAACAUUUAG